GGCGGCCCAAGGGGCGGGCCCUGGGAGGCAUCGGCGGCGGGGCGGCCCUGUAGCGCGCGCGCCGAAGGCGCCCCGCGCACCGCCCCGAGCUGCCGGUCGCCCGGGCAGAGCGGCCCAUGCCCGAGGGCGUCCACGCUGAGAAUGCGACCUCGCAGGUCGUCCCGGAUCCUGACCGUGGAUGGCGAGAGCGACCUCCGGCAGUUCCUCAAGAUUUCCAAUCCUGUCUGGUCGAUCUCGAGACGCGGUGGCGGCAACGACAUCAACAGGGUCAUCGAGAAGCUCAAGUGCAUCGGCGUGACCGAUGCUGGAGACCUGUUGAGCAGGGUGGUCACUAACAGGAUAAACGGGGAUCUGACGGACGCGGGCUUCACGCGCUUCAGCCAGGACACACUCGAGAGCAUACGGAAGCAGGGGUCCUUCGUGAGGGCCGUCCAGACCUUGACGGAGGCGGGCUUCCGGCAGACGGGCGACUUCGCCAAGGUGCCGCGGCUGCUGUCGAGCCGCCGGGCCCCGCCCAGCAGGGACGGCUCCAGGAGCCUGAGCCGACCGAGCUCCGAGCCGGCGGGACACGGCGAGGAGCGCCGCCGGGCGGGCCGCUCCGGCGGCACCUCCGCCGCCGCGCGGCCCGUGACGCCCUCCGCCUCGGCCUCGCCCUCCGCGGCGGGAGGCCUGGGCCGCGAGGCGUCUGUGACGGACCACUUCCCGAUCCCGCCCAGCGAGCGGGCUGCCUCCGCCGGGCGGGCAGGCGCCGACGUGAUGCCGGGCGCCUUGUGGAGCGCCUCCGUCGUGGCCGCAGCAUCCCCCGAGGCGCCGUCGCCCGCCCCCGAAGGGGGCGCCGGCUCGGCGCCGCUGAAGCGGGUCUGCCUGCGGGGCGCGGGCCGCGGCCCGCACGGCGUGCGGCGGCCCGCCACCUGCGAGCACCAGCGGCGCCGGCUUGCGUCGGCUGCUCGUCCAGGGAGCGUCGACGGCACCGUGUCGCGGAGGAGCGCCGAGGACACGGCGCACACGGCGAACAGGACUUCGCCCAGGCCGCGCAGCGAGCAGGACUCCUGCGGCGAAGAGGAGCGCCAGGACCUGCCGAUGCAGAUAGAGCACUUGCGGAAGAAGGUCGGCGACAUGGAUCAGCGGCUCCACGAGGAGAUGUCCUGCGGCGGCUCUGCCGCCUCCUGGUGCGCGCUGAGGUGCAGCGACUCGCUGCUGCACCAGGCGGAGGAGGUGCUGCGGGAGCAGCAGGACCACCAAGAAAGGAGAGAGUUGGGCCGGAUCAUGGACCGAGAGGGGCUGGUCUCCCCGUUGCGGAAGGUCAUCGCGGGGAACGUCCGCGCGCGCCUCAUGGAGGAGCAGAAGGAGGACGACGCGGAGGCGUACGCUGUGGCGCAGAAGUGCACGAACAUCAGGAAGCAGCUGACCCACAUGGCGAACAGCAGGCGCGAGCUGGCUCUGCUGAAGCGCGCCGUGGACGGCUCGAGGGACUUCGGCGUCGAGCUCGCGCUGCUGAAGUCCGAGCUGAAGACCCCGCUGGUGAGACAUGACAUGCAUCCUGAAGAGCGUGCCAGCCCUACUGCAGCACUGGCAGAUACUUGUUCCGUUGCCAAGGACGUCCAACCUGUCUUUCUGCUGUCGGCCUUGCCAUCAUACGACAUGGCCUUUUCUUAAUUCAAUCCAGCACUUGCACUCCAGGGGUCCUAGCGGAGCCUGAAAUAGUAUGCGAAGGUGCGGCGCCGAUUUCGGUAGUCGGCCAGUUUCCCGG